CAUUGCUCUGCGUUCCGCUGGCAGUGCCUGGCUCUGUAAACGAAGCAUGCAGACGCGGCUCUCUUUAUUUUUGGAGACUCCAAAAGGAUCUUGAAUCCCUUUCAUGUGCCGCCUUGGUCCAAUAAAAAAAAACAGAGGCUGCCUGGAAGUGGUCUAAUCUCAACGAGGUGUCAAUCACGUUUCUCAGUGGGUGAAGUAAGGCUUUUUGUAACCGCCUUCUCUCUAGAGAGAGAGACACAGCUAAAGAGAAAUAAAAUUACUUUCGUGGGCUCUGUCGGCGCAGGAUGGAAUGUUGAGUGGUGGCUGCUGUUUCUCUCACGGGUCUAAACUCAGGCACCGCUCUGAUUUCUGGAAUAUAAACUCAUCAGAUGGUUGGAAAGUAUAAUAAACCAAUGCAUUGAAAUGGGUAAACUUCCUUCGAAACAUGCUGCUGUUUGUAAACCCAGAGAAAGCCCCGAAGGAGACAGUUUUGUAGUCAGUGCUUGUUUGGCUCGGAAAGGAAUUGAAGAUUGGAUUGCUCGACAGAAGUAUUACUGCAGCUCGGCACACCAGCAUUCGAGCUGUCACAAGAGCGCGUGCAGUACGACUAAAGUGUCCAGCCGGGACCCUGCAGGAGAAGCAUGCCUGGAGACUCUGGGUGAUGAGCACUAUCACUUAGAAGUCGCCCUCCCCCCGGAGAAGACGGCUAGCUGCUGCAAUGAUGAGAAGAAACUGGGGAAGGAAAGCCACGCGCACAGCGGCUCCAGCAAACAACUCAAAUUGGAAGAGCUCGGGUGCGAUGUGUCAGUAGAGGAAGAUAACAGGCAGGAGUGGACCUUCACACUGUAUGACUUUGAUAACAAUGGGAAAGUCACCCGGGAGGACAUAACCAGCUUGCUGCACACGAUCUAUGAGGUAGUCGAUGCCUCGGUAAACCACUCUCCCAGCACCAGCAAAACACUGCGAGUGAAGCUCACUGUGGCCCCAGACUCCAUCCACAAGAGGAAAAACAUGCCACAGAACCAUGCAGAUACUACAAGAACUGAAAGCAAAUGUACUGAAGAGCCAAAAAGUUCUGACAAGAACGCCCGGGCCCCCCUGAGGAGCCACCACAGUGACCACGCCCAGCAGAAAGGCUGCUAUCGGCAUUGCGUUGACGAGAACCUGGAGAGGAGAAACCACUACCUGGACCUGGCCGGCAUUGAGAACUACACAUCGACGUUCGGACCGGGGUCCAAUCCUGAACCUGCUAAACCGGAGCACCUGUCUCGAGUGGUGAACCAGGCCAGGUCUGGCUCCCAUGAGCCUGAAAACACUCCCUCCUCAUCCUCCUCCCACCCCCAGCGCUCCCAGGCGCUGGACCCUGCCUCCUGCACCAAGGGGCUGGAGCUCCAGCAGAGACUGCACUCCCAGGCGCUGGACCCUGCCUCCUGCACCAAGGGGCUGGAGCUCCAGCAGAGACUGCGCUCCCAGGCACUGGACCCUGCCUCCUGCACCAAGGGGCUGGAGCUCCAGCAGAGACUGCACUCCCAGGCGCUGGACCCUGCCUCCUGCACCAAGGGGCUGGAGCUCCAGCAGAGACUGCGCUCCCAGGCACUGGACCCUGCCUCCUGCACCAAGGGGCUGGAUCUCCAGCAGAAACUGCGGUCCCAAUACUCUGGCAGGCACCUGCUGAGGUCUCCCAAGAUCCAGGGCAAAUAUGCUGUGGUGACCCCCUUUCAGCCAGGCGGGAGGGCUGUAAGGAACAAGGGCUCGACCUGCCAGAGCGCACCACCCCCAGCACCCUCCCAUCCAGCACGUGUUGGCCAGAACCUCCCCCACCUCCCCACACCCCAGCCCACCCACAAGAGACACAAACAGAGGGCGAAGGAGGCGGCACAGCCGUACAAGUCCUUCCAGCCUCCCACGACGCUGCUGGAGAAGGAGAAGGUGCGGGACCUGCCUGCCCUGCUGUUGUAUGAAGGCCACGUAGGGAAGGUGAUCCAGAGACAUGAACACCACCACCAUCACGAGCACCAUCACCACUACCACCACUUCUACCAGUCCUGAGCCCCAGCAAACUGGUGAACCCGCCAGCCACUGCUCUGUGCAUCAGGGUCUACAAGGAACUCUUUACCAGGAUCUGGACUAGAUUGGAUUUUUGGACCUCCCCUCUCCUUCCCACACCCCUCUCUAAUCCUGUGAGGUGGUGGGAUCUCCCCUCCCUGCCCCUCUAAUCCUGUGAGGCGGUGGGAUCCCCCCUCCCCAUCCCUCUAAUCCUGUGAGGCGGUGGGAUCCCCCCUCCCCAUCCCUCUAAUCCUGUGAGGCGGUGGGAUCCCCCCUCCCCAUCCCUCUAAUCCUGUGAGGUGGUGGGAUCCCCCCUCCCCAUCCCUCUAAUCCUGUGAGGGCUGUGGGAAGCCAUUAAAAGCACUUCCUGGUGCAGUUUCUGUCAGGCAUUUGUGAGAUACCUGAUACAGAAUAACAUGAGCAAUUCCAGGACUUUCAUGAGGGGAAAAAGCUCAGAAACAAAAAGCUGCUACCUCGAGUAUUCUAUUCAGAUGUGUUUUAUUUUCAUUAAGUGACUGUAAUGUGCUGUACUAUUCUGCAGUGUGUAUAUGUAGCCUUGUUGUGUUGUACUGCAUAACCUUUCUCUUAUUUUUAGUUGUGUCGUUAUACAUCAUUGAAACACUAACUGUACUUGUCAACAAUAUAUUAUUAUUAUUAUUAUUAUUAUUAUUAUUAUUAUUAUUUAUUUCUUAGCAGGCGCCCUUAUCCAGGAUAACUUACAGUUGUUACAAAAUAUCACAGUACAAAGUAUUACAUUACAAAAUACUUUAUACAUACUUUAUUAGGGCUUUAUUACAUUUUAUUUAACACUCCAAACUGUAUCUAUUUUCUAAAUCCAUUUAUCACGUGAAGCUGUUUGAAGACCACUUACAGUACCCCUGAAUUAUAAGCAAUCGAACGGGCCUGGUGCACUAGUGAAUGAAAGGAGGGCUUUACUGAAUGCAACGAUGGCUUUGUUACUGUUGGCAAGUAUAAAUUCACUCUCAGGUACAUUUUGUUUCUCUGUUUUAUAACUGUGGUUUAAUUAUUUUAAGAUAUAAAAGACUUUAAUAGCAGUGACUGUGGUCGUGUAUAUUUGGAAAAGGAAUGUUCUAAUUGACUUUCCAGUGCCUAUAAAUGUAGUUGUCCCACUAAGAAAGACAGAAACUGUACUGUAGCUGCUCGAUCUGUCCCAGCAGUUUGACCAACAAAAACGGACAGAUCCCAAAUGUGCAUAUUUUGAGUGCUCAGUGUUACGGCUAAAAUAGCUUCCCAUUUAAGAUUUCUUUAUUAUUUUAAUUUUUUUUUUAAUGUAUUAUUAAAAUCUUGUGAUUUUGUGGUUUUCUAUUUUUAUUUAUUACAUAGCACACAGCGCCACUAAGUGGAAGACUAUUGUAACACUAUCUAUUUAUUUGACUUUGAUUUGUACUGCAGUCAAGAUGUGUAAUCCUGAUGCUAUACAACUACACCAGUAAAUAAUAAUAAUAAUAAUAAUAAUAAUAAUAAUAAUAAUAAUAAUAAUAAUAAUAAUAAUAAUAAUACAGAUGUGUUCACUUUGGCAGAAGACUUUUAUUCAAGCUGAUUUGUUGUGUGGACCCCAGCACAGUAAUGAACCUCGGGGCUCUUUCUCUUAAAGCAUUACAGAACACUGUUCUAUUAAUAUACAGGUGCUGUCUGCUGCAGAUUGUAUACUUGUGUAAGAGGCAGUGUUGUGUGAUGCACUGCCGCUACACAUUCUGUCCCCUGUCGGUGAGAUGCGAUGAGGUUAAAAACUCUAAAACCACAAAUGCAGAUGAACCCGGCUCUCUUGUAUAGUGGUUAAGAGGCUCACUUACGGUGUGCAGGGUUGCCAGUUAACGCCCAGACUGCACCCUGUUACGCUUGCAGGGGCAGAGACUGAAAAACAGACAAGCAGAGCACUUUGUAAGGGUUUGAGUCCACAUUCUGUAACUCUGUAAUAGAGAUGAGAGACGGCAGAACUGCUCUCCCAUCUUCCCUGUAACAUGUCAUUAACAAGCC